AUGGACGUGGACAUGGACGUGGACCUGGACGUGGACGUGGACAUGGACGUGGACGUGGACAUGGACAUGGACGUGGACAUGGACGUGGACGUGGACGUGGACAUGGACGUGGACGUGGACGUGGACAUGGACGUGGACGUGGACGUGGACGUGGACAUGGACGUGGACGUGGACAUGGACGUGGACGUGGACGUGGACGUGGACUUGGACGUGGACGUGGACAUGGACGUAGACGUGGACGUAGACGUGGACAUGGACGUGGACGUGGACGUGGACAUGGACGUGGACAUGGACGUGGACAUGGACGUGGACGUGGACAUGGACGUGGACGUGGACAUGGACAUGGACGUGGACAUGGACGUGGACGUGGACGUGGACGUGGACAUGGACGUGGACGUGGACGUGGACGUGGACAUGGACGUGGACGUGGACGUGGACAUGGACGUGGACGUAGACAUGGACGUGGACGUGGACAUGGACGUGGACAUGGACGUGGACAUGGACGAGGACGUGGACGUGGACAUGGACGUGGACGUGGACGUGGACGUGGAGGUGGACGUGGAGGUGGACGUGGACGUGGACAUGGACGAGGACGUGGACGUGGACGUGGACGUGGACGUGGACGUAGAAAUGGAGGUGGACAUGGACGUGGACCUGGACGUGGACGUGGACGUGGACGUGGACGUGGACGUGGACGUGGUCGUAGACGUGGUCGUGGACGUGGACGUGGACGUGGACGUGGACCUGGACGUUGAUGUGGACGUGGACGUGGACGUAGAAAUGGAGGUGGACGUGGACGUGGACCUGGACGUUGACGUGGACGUGGACCUGGACGUUGAUGUGCGCGUGGACGUGGACGUGGACGUAAUGGACGUGGACGUGGACGUGGACGCGGACGUGGACGUGGACGUGGACGUGGACGUGGACGCGGACGCGGACGUGGACGUGGACGUGGACGUGGACGUGGACGUGGACGUGGACGUGGACGUGGACGUGGACGUGGAGGACGUGGACGUAGACGCGGACCUGGACGUGGACGUGGACGCGGACGUGGACGCGGACGCGGACGUGGACGCGGACGCGGACGUGGACGCGGACGUGGACGUGGACGUGGACGUGGACGUGGACGUGGACGUGGACGUGGACGUGGACGUGGAGGUGGACGUGGACGUGGACGUGGAAGUGGACGUGGACGUGGACGUGGACCUGGACGUGGACCUGGACGUGGAACUUGACGUGGACGUGGACGUGGACCAGGACGUGGAAGUGGACGUGGACAUGGACGUGGACCUGGACGUGGACCUGGACGUGGACAUGGACGUGGACGUGGACGUGGACAUGGACGUGGACGUGGACGUGGACGUGGACGUAGACAUGGACGUGGACGUGGACGUGCACAUGGACAUGGACGUGGACGUGGACGUCGACAUGGACGUGGACAUGGACAUGGACAUGGACCUGGAGGUGGACGUGGACGUGGACAUGGACGUAGAAAUGGACGUGGACGUGGACGUGGACGUGGACAUGGACGUAGAAAUGGACGUGGACGUGGACGUGGACAUGGACGUGGACGUGGACGUAGACAUGGACGUAGAAAUGGACGUUGACGUGGACGUGGACGUGGACGUGGACGUGGACGUGGACGUAGAAAUGGAGGUGGACGUGGACGUGGACCUGGACGUUGACGUGGACGUGGACCUGGACGUUGACGUGCGCGUGGACGUGGACGUGGACGUGGAGGACGUGGACGUGGAGGUGGACGUGGACGUGGACGUGGACGUGGACGUGGACGAGGACGAGGACGUGGACGUGGACGUGGAUGGACGUGGACGUGGAUACGUGGACGUGGACGUGGACGUGGACGUGGACGAGGAGGAGGACGUGGACGUGGACGUGGACGUGGACGUGGACGUGGACGUGGACGUAGAAAUGGAGGUGGACGUGGACGUGGACCUGGACGUUGACGUGGACGUGGACCUGGACGUUGACGUGCGCGUGGACGUGGACGUGGACGUGGAGGACGUGGACGUGGACGUGGACAUGGACGUGGAUGUGGAGGACAUGGACGUGGACGUGGACGUGGACGUAGAAAUGGACGUGGACGUGGACGUGGACGUUGACGCGGACGUGGACGUGGACGUGGACGUCGACGUGGACGUGGACCUGGACGUUGACGUGGAUCUGGACGAGGACGUGGACGUGGACGUGGAGGACAUGGACGUGGACGUGGACGUGGACGUAGAAAUGGACGUGGACGUGGACGUGGACGUGGACGUGGACCUGGACCUGGACGUUGACGUGCACGUGGACGUGGACAUGGACGUGGACGUGGAGGACAUGGACGUGGACGUGGACGUGGACGUUGACGUGGACGUGGACGUGGACGUGGACAUGGACGUGGACGUGGACGUGGACGUGGACGUGGACGUGGACAUGGACGUGGACAUGGACGUGGACGUGGACGUGGACGUGGAUAUGGACGUGCACGUGGACGUGGACCUGGACGUGGACGUGCACGUGGAGGUGGACAAGGACGUGGACGUGGACGUGGACCUGGACGUUGACGUGCACGUGGACGUGGACGUUGACGUGGACGUGGACGUGGAGGACAUGGACGUGGACGUGGACGUGGACGUGGACGAGGACGAGGACGUGGACGUGGACGUGGACGUGGACGUGGACGUGGACGAGGACGUGGACGAGGACGUGGACGUGGACGUGCACGUGGACGUGGACGUGGAUGUGGACGUGGAGGACAUGGACGUGGACGUGGACGUGGACGUUGACGUGGACGUGGACGUGGACGUGGACAUGGACGUGGACGUGGACGUGGACGUGGACGUGGACGUGGACAUGGACGUGGACCUGGACGUGGACGUGGACGUGGACGUGGACGUGGACGUGGACCUGGACCUGGACCUGGACGUUGACGUGCACGUGGACGUGGACGUGGACGUGGACGUGGACGUGGACGUGGAGGACAUGGACGUGGACGUGGACGUGGACGUUGACGUGGACGUGGACGUCGACGUGGACGAGGAGGAGGACAAGGACGUGGACGUGGACGUGGACGUGGACGUGGACGUGGACGUGGACAUGGACGUACACGUGAACGUGGACGUGGACGUGGACAUGGACGUGGACGUGGACGUGGACAUGGUCGUGGACGUGGACGUGGACGUGGACGUGGACGUGGACGUGGACGUGGACGUGGACGUGGACAUGGACGUGGAGGUGGACGUGGAGGUGGACGUGGACGUGGUCAUGGACGUGGACGUGGACGUGGACGUGGACGUGGACGUGGACCUGGACGUGGACGUGGACGUGGACAUGGACGUGGACGUGGACAUGGACGUGGACGUGGACAUGGUCGUGGACAUGGACAUGGUCGUGGACGUGGACGUAGACAUGGACAUGGUCGUGGACAUGGACAUGGACGUGGACAUGGACAUGGUCGUGGACAUGGACAUGGUCGUGGACGUGGACGUGGACAUGGACAUGGUCGUGGACAUGGACAUGGUCGUGGACAUAGACAUGGACGUGGACAUGGACGUGGACAUGGACAUGGUCGUGGACGUGGACGUGGACGUGGACAUGGACGUUGACGUGGACAUGGACGUGGUCAUGGACGUGGACGUGGACGUGGACAUAGACGUGGACGUGGACGUGGACAUAGAUGUGGACGUGGACAUAGAUGUGGUCGUGGUCGUGGACGUGGACGUGGACGUGGUCAUGGACGUGGAUAUGGACGUGGACGUGGAGGACGUGGACGUGGAGGACGUGGAGGACGUGGACGUGGAGGACGUGGACGUGGACGUGGAGGACGUGGACGUGGACGUGGACGUAGACAUGGUUGUGGACGUGGACGUUGACGUGGACGUGGACGUGGACGUGGUCGUGGACGUGGAGGACUUGGACGUUGACAUGGACGUGGACGUGGACGUGGACAUGGACAUGGUCGUGGACGUGGACGUGGACGUGGACAUGGACGUGGACGUGGACGUGGACGUGGAAGUGGACGUGGACGUGGACAUGGAUGUGGACGUGGACGUGGACGUGGACGUGGACGUCGACGUGGAGCUUGCGUGGUCGAGGAGCGUGCCUGGUCCAUGGGCUUGCGUGAUCCAGGAGCUUGCCUGGUCCAGGAGCUUGCUUGGUCCAGAAGCUUGCCUGGUCCAGGAGCUUGCCUUGUCUAGGAGCUUGCCUGGUCCAGGAGCUUGCCUCGUCCAAGAGCUUGCGUGGUCGAGGAGCUUACCUGGUCCAGGAGCUUGCCUCGUCGAAGAGCUUGCCUUAUCAAGGAGCUUGCCUGGUCCAAGAGCUUUCCUGGUCCAGGAGCGUGCCUGA